CCAUUUUGGGUGAAAUGGCAGAUUUGGGGCACGGGAUCAUCCUUUCCUGGCAGUUUGCUUUACCCACCCUUGCACCACCCGCCUUUCCCAACAGUCUCCCUAAAAGAAGGCAAUUUAUUUAGCCCUGCUGCGGUGACGGAGGGCUACCUAGUCUCCCUGUGGCCAUGUGGUGCUGCCUGUCCUCACCGUCGGGCCCGGGGCCAGCGUGACUGUGACAUCCUGCCUCUCCUUUUCCGGGUCCAACGCCUCCGUCACUGAACAGUUUGAUGGAGAAUCGGUCGGAUGACAGCGGGAACUGUUGUUAUCACCGGGGGAAUCCUAGCGACGGUGAUCCUCCUGUGCAUCAUUGCUGUGCUCUGCUACUGUAGGCUACAGUACUACUGCUGUAAGAAAAAUGACUCCGUUGAGGAAGAGGAGGAGGAGGAGGAGGAGGAGGAAGAGGAAGAGCCCGAGCUGCCCGCGCACUCGCACCUCGUCGUGUGCAACGCCUGCAGCUCCCGCAUGGCGGACGGGCAGGGCAGCCCCGCGCCGCCCGGAGAGCUCAACCAGCACGGGGCUCACAGCUACUGCCCGACCUGCUCCCCCUACGGCUCCCCCUUUUACAUCCGGACUGCCGACAUGGUGCGCAACGGGGGCGACAGGGUCGCCUACGCCCCCGCGUGCUACAAGGAGGUGGGGCCGCCCCUCGGCAUGGCCGCCCUGCAAAGCUACACGGUGAGCCGCCACGGCCUCCUCCGCGACAGCCUCCCCAACCCGCGGGCCAUCAGCACCGAGGUGUAG